CACUCAUCAUGCUGCCGCGCGUGGGCGUCGUGUACACGAGGGAGAGCGCGUUGUCUCGCGAGAACUCGCAGCUGGCGCAGUAUGUGGCGCUUUGUCUGGCCGCAAGUGGUCGGUGUGCGAAGAUAUGGCUUGUAGGACUCAAUAAUGAUGGCAAGGAAGUCGACAAGAGCGAGAACAAGAGUGGAGCUGUUGCUCUACGCUGUGACGGCGCCGUGCUGGACAGCACUAAGCUGUCGACGGAUAUUUACGAGGAGACAGGGAGCUGUAAGAAGCUAGGCGAGUGCGAUUUAUGGCUGUUGAUGGUCGAGGCGGAUGCUACACUGAAAGUCACCGAUCUACUCGUCAAGACACUGGGAAAGACCGACGACAAGCAGCACAAGCGCGUGGUGCUCAGCUUACAAACAACGAUGCGCCGUCUUGCACAGCUCAACUCAGCACUGCCGGAGGCUAUUGUGUUGCAUGGAGGAGCAGCUUUCCAGGUGGUGAAAGACGACAAGGGAAUGCUACGACCUUUAUCCAAUGGGUGUUUCUUCGUAGAACGGCUUUCGAAGGACAAGACGUCGGCGCUGUACGCUCUGGACGUGCUGGAAGGAACGGGGAUCCAAGUGCUCAGUCGUCACAACAUUCAAGCGAUGAAGUGGGGAUGCACAAUGCUACGCAGUUUCUACUACAUCAACGCGCUGACAGGACAGAGCGUAUUGGAUGGAUUACGGGAUAGAAAUACACGGUUUCUUUUCCUACAGGCGCUGGUGGAGAUGGAGGAGUUGUUUCGAGCGGUGCUGGCAAGUGUUGCUGCUGCCAAUAAGAAGUCAGGUCGUGCAAGUGGAGACUCAAGGCCGGACACAAGCGCCGCCACACUGUUCCCUGUGCAGUCACUGAUGGUGCUGCUUCUGCUCCCCGAUUGGAUUUUCAACACCUUCGUUCUCCGAGUGCUCGAUCUUGGUCUGGGAGCUCCGUCCAACAGAGACACGUCAGUUAUCAUGUCGGAUUUAAUGGCCAGCCCACCACUGAAGACCAACUUUGAAGCUGAAUUCCGGGACAUUUUCGAGUUGGCGACAGGGCGCAACAUGCCAUUACCGGCUUUGAAGAUGGUGCAGAAGACACUCUUGUCUGUUAGAAAGCAGCAGCUUCAGGAGCACAAGGAUGGCGUCACCUCCAGAACCCCAGUGCGGAUUGGUAGUGGUGUGCUGCUCGCAGACCUGAAACUGUCUCCGCACUGUACUGCCGCGUCGCGUACCUUUUUCCUGAAAGGAUUCGCUACGUUCGUGCUCACGUUGCUUUUGGGACUCUACCUCUUUGUCUGGUGA